AUGGGUUUGGGGUCCUCGGCAGGGCCGCUGCUGCCGCUGCUGCUGCCGCUCCUCCUGCUCCCGGCUCCCGCGGAGACGUUUCGAGGAAGUGACCCUGGAGAGCCAGUCACUCCUCACUGGGUCUGGGAUGGACAAGCUGGACGCAUAGUCACCACAGAAAAGCCGGUCUCCAGGCUGGACUCUGGGCUGUUGGCCGUGAAGGCAGAAGGCCAGGAACUCCUAGUGGAGUUGGAGAAGAGCUGCAGGCUGCUGGUCCCAGGAUACACAGAGACCCACUACAGCUCAGAUGGGCAACCAGUGGUGCUGGUCCCCCACCACACGGAUCAUUGCCACUACCACGGGCGAGUGAGGGGCUUCCCUGGCUCCUGGGCUGUCCUCAGCACCUGCUCUGAGAUGAGAGGUCUGAUCACUCUGGACAGCAAUGCCAGCUUCUAUCUGCAUCCCUGGCCAGCCGGGAACGCGGACUUGUCUACCCACAGGAUCUUCCGAACCCAGCAGCUGCUCAGCUGGAAGGGGGCCUGUGGCCACGGGGACCUGGAGAACAAAGAGAACAUGGCCAGUCUACCCUGGCACACCCUGAUUAGGGCAAAGCGAGAGGUGCACCAGAGAAGGAGGUACCUGGAGCUGUACCUCGUAGCUGACCACACCCUGUUCCUGGCCCAGAAUCGGGACUUGAACCGCACCAAGCAGCGCCUCUUGGAGAUCGCCAACUACGUGGACCAGACCCUCCGGACGCUGGACAUUCAGGUGGCUCUAACGGGCCUGGAAGUGUGGACCGAGCGGGACCUGAGCCGCGUUACUCCAGACGCUAACGCCACGCUCUGGGCCUUCCUGCAGUGGCGGCGGGGUCUUUGGGCGCGGAGACCCCACGACUCGGCUCAGCUGCUGACGGGCCGCGCCUUCCAGGGUUCCACCAUCGGCCUGGCGCCCGUCGAGGGCAUGUGCGGCGCCCAGACCUCCGGAGGCGUGAGCACGGACCACUCCGCGCUCCCCACGGGCGCGGCCGCCACCGUGGCCCACGAGAUCGGACACAGCCUGGGCCUCGGCCACGACCCCGACGGCUGCUGCGCCGAGGCCUCGGCCGAGCAAGGCGGCUGCGUGAUGGCGGCCAGCACGGGGCGCCCGUUCCCGCGCGUCUUCAGCGCUUGCAGCCGCCGCCAGCUGCGCGCCUUCUACCGCAAGGGGGGCGGCGCGUGUCUGUCCAACGCGCCGGACUCGGACCCGGGGCUCCCCAAGACGCCCGCGCGCUGCGGGAACGGCUUCGUGGAGGAGGGCGAGGAGUGCGACUGCGGCCCCGACCAGGAAUGCCCGGACCCUUGCUGCCUUGCCCACAAUUGCACCCGACGUGUUGGUGCUCAGUGCACGCGCGGGAACUGCUGCGCCGGGUGUCUGCUAAAGCCGGCUGGCACACUGUGCCGCCAAGCUGCGGGCGACUGCGACCUCCCCGAGUUCUGCAACGGCACCUCCCCUGACUGCCCCCGGGACACGCAUCUGCUGGACGGGUCACCCUGCGCCAGCGGCCACGGUUACUGCUGGGACGGUGCGUGCCCCACGCUGGAACAACAGUGCCAGCAACUCUGGGGAGCAGGCUCCAGUCCGGCCCUGCUGGCCUGUUUCCAUACGGUGAAUUCUGCGGGAGAUGCCCGUGGGAACUGUGGCCGCUCAGGCUCUCGAGGCUUCACUCCUUGUGAGCAGAGGGAUGUGCUCUGUGGAAAGCUUCAGUGCCAAGGUGGAGAGCCAAGUCCUCUCCUGCCCUACGCGGUGCCUGCCAACGCCACCCUUCACUUAGAUGGCUGGGAGGUGACCUGCAGGAGCGUGUUGAUGCUUUCUGGUGCCCAACUGGCCUUCUCCGACCUGGGCAUGGUAGAGCCAGGCACCGCAUGUGGUCCUAGAAUGGUGUGCCAGGACAGCCACUGCCAGAACGCCACCUUCCAGGAGCUGGAGCACUGCCUGGCUUCCUGCCACGGCCAUGGGGUUUGCAACAGCCAUGGACAUUGUCACUGUGCUCCGGGCUGGGCACCACCCUACUGUGACAAGCCAGGGUUUGGUGGCAGUGUGGACAGUGGCCCUAUGCAACCUGAAAAUGCAAGUGGGUCCUGUUUCUUGCUGGCCGUGAGCCUGAAUUUCCUGCUGCCUCUGCUGACUGGAGUGAGCCUGGCCUGGUGCUGCUGCCACCCAGGCUCCCGGCUCCAGCAGUGUGUCCGCAGCUCCAAGAGGGGCCCCACAUGCAGUCGAUCCAAUGAUGGCCCCUGUGGGGCCCACCCACAGCCCAGCGCUUGCCCUAUGGAGUUGGCCUCCAGCACCACCCAAGAAUUGGACUCACAGGGAACCACAUUCCACCCUUGUUCCCUGCCCCUCGAAGACUCUGUGGGGCCCAACGAACCGCCUUGA